AUGUCUACAAUAAAACCCCCAACAGAACCCCUCGUGGUGGUGCUGGGAUCUACGGGCACAGGGAAGUCAGAUUUAGCGGUCGAGCUUGCAACCCGGUUGAAUGGUGAAAUCAUCAACGCCGAUGCUAUGCAAUUAUACAAUGGAUUACCCAUCAUCACUAAUAAAAUUACUGCUGAGGAGCAACGAGGAAUUCCUCACCAUCUUUUGGGCCAUAUAUCUUUGGAUGAACAGCCCUGGGAUGUUGACAACUUCAAGAGGGAAGCUAUUCGCACAAUACAAGAGAUUCGUGGUCGAGGACGAUUACCCAUUCUGGUUGGCGGUUCUCAAUAUUAUGUCGAUCCCAUACUCUUCAAAGAAGUCAUCCUAGAUGACAUAGAAUUGGAUACAACCAAGUCAUUUCCCAUUCUGGAAGAGUCUGCUGAAGUAAUGCUUCACAAGCUGCGCAAAGUCGACCCUGUCAUGGCCGACCGAUGGCACCCCAAGGAUCGCCGCAAAAUCCAACGCUCACUGGAGAUUUAUCUGAGAAGCGGCAAACGGGCAUCGGAACAUUAUGCCGAGCAGCAGGCUAGAAAAGAAGCUGUGCAAGAUGCCGAUAAGCAACCCUGGGAGAAUUUGCUUUUCUGGGUCUAUUCGGAACGCGAGGUCCUACGUGAACGUCUUGACAAGCGGGUGGACAAGAUGCAAUCGAGCGGUCUCAUGGAUGAACUCCGAGAACUUUACGAUUUUAAGCAUAAGAAAGAAUCCGAGGGCCAAGCUUUGGAUAUGUCGAAGGGUAUAUGGCAGUCGAUCGGAUACAGGCAGUUUGAGCCAUACUUAUCUGCCAUUGACGAGAAGCGAGAAGCUGCUGAGCUCGAAAAGAUCAAGAGCACUGCCCUAGAGGAGAUGAAAGCAGCGACGAGGCGGUACGCUGUCUACCAAACCCGCUGGAUCAGACUCAAACAGAUUCCAAGAUUGCGCGAAGUCGGCCCAGAAGCUAUGAGCAACAUGUAUCUGCUAGACAGUACCGACGUCUCUGCAUACGGACAGAAUGUCGUUGAACCGGCAGUACAAUUGGCGCAGCAGUUUCUUAAAGGUGAAGAACGCCCUGCACCAACUGAGAUUUCCUCCCUUGCCCAAGAGGUUCUAACACAAGUUGGCAACCCGCCUCCAAAAGCAACGCCAUGCAAACGUGUAUGUGAAAUUUGUCACACGGUACUACUGACCGAGGAGGCGUGGGCUCAGCAUCUCAAGAGUGCGACUCAUCGACGUGUUGUCCGCAAGAAAGCCAGAACGUCCUUGGUGCCGGUGGAACAGAAGCAAAAAACUGUUAAGGCCGAUGAGCCAGACUCGGGUCCAGAGUUGGGAUCUAUGUUUUCAGAGUAA